AUGCCUUUCCACCCGGUGACGGCGGCGUUGAUGUACCGGGGCAUCUACACCAUCCCCAGCAUCCUCGCCGAGCAGCACCCCGUGGAGAUCCCCGAGGAUGAGCUGGAGGAGAUCCGCGAAGCCUUCAAGGUGUUCGACCGUGAUGGCAACGGCUUCAUCUCCAAGCAGGAGCUGGGCACGGCCAUGCGCUCGCUGGGCUACAUGCCCAAUGAGGUGGAGCUGGAGGUCAUCAUCCAGCGCCUCGACAUGGACGGUGACGGCCAGGUGGACUUUGAGGAGUUCGUUACACUGCUGGGUCCCAAGCUGUCCACCUCGGGCAUUCCAGAGAAGUUUCACGGCACAGACUUCGACACAGUCUUCUGGAAGUGUGACAUGCAGAAGCUGACAGUGGACGAGCUGAAGCGGCUGCUCUAUGAGACUUUCUGCGAGCACCUCUCCAUGAAGGACAUCGAGAACAUCAUCAUGACAGAGGAGGAGAGCCACCUGGGCACGGUGCAGGAAUGCCCUAUCGAUGUGGAGACCUGCUCCAGCCAGCAGAUCCGACAGACCUGCGUGCGCAAGAGCCUUAUCUGCGCCUUCGCCAUCGCCUUCAUCAUCAGCGUCAUGCUCAUUGCUGCCAACCAGGUGCUGCGCAGUGGCAUGAAGUAG